ACGACGACCAUUUCAAUCCCUUGAAAUAAACAUAUACAAAGAAAAUGAAUAACUCCCCUUCAUUUUCGCUUGUGUCUUCACAUGCCUCUGCUACUCUUCUUCAUACCCUCUUUUCCUUGGGAAUGAAAAACAUACAGAGACAAAUAAUUUAGAGAUCCAGAUGGAGAAAGAUCAGCCUAAAAAAUCCGGCAGCUUUGCCUGCCGUGACCCCGACUCUUGUCCGGCAUCCGAGUCCGUGAACGUUGAAGCGCAGCCUGACGAACACGAGACUAAGGAAAAACACAAGGAGGAAGAGGAGAGUGAGCAGAAGGACGAUUCUUCUCCCGAUACCGAUUCCAUCACUCUUCCUAAAGUCUCCGAAGACAUCGAUCGAUUCAUUUCUGAUCUUUGCGAUUCCAUAUCUACCCCCAAUCCACCAGAAGUUCCCAAUUCCAUUGAGCAGUUCGCAGAGCUUGUUGAAACAGAGAUUACUAAGUACGAGUCGAACGAAUCUACCACCAAGUGGAGCCAUGAAUUGGAUGAAGACACGUCUAGUCUUCUUGAAGCUGUAAAUAGAAUCUCAAAGCUAGCGAACGCCUUCGGUGGAUUCCCGUCGGAGACAAAAUACACUUAUUCACUUAGCCGUGCCAGCAGAAUUCUUCAACGAGCAAUGUCAUUCUUGGAGGAGGAAUUCCGCUCGCUCCUAGAAGAUUCGAGAUCCGUCGAUUCGGAUCCGACUAUAACAAAGCAACCUUCUUUUAAUUCUAAUAAUGAUUCCGACCGUAACGCCCAAGGGGAACCCGAUUCCGCUAGAGACACCAAUUUUCCGGGCUACUCGCCCGAUACAGUGGACAAUUUGAAUAGGAUUGCAUCAGCAAUGAUUUCAGCAGGCUACGAGACUGAGUGCUGCCAGGUCUAUACCAUCGCAAGGCGAAAUGCUUUCGAGGAGAGAUUGAGCAAGCACGGGUUUGAGAAGAUUAGCAUCGACGAUGUGCAGAAGAUGCAAUGGGAAACACUGGAAGCAGAAAUUGCUACAUGGAUCAAGGCAUUCAAGCGUUGCAUCUCGAUCUAUUUCUCCGCCGAACGGCAGCUUUGCGAGUCCGUUUUUUCAUGCAAUCCAACACUUUACGACGGACUAUUUUGUAACCUUACGCGUGGUGUCCUCAUACAGCUUCUUAAUUUCGCUGAAGCGGUCGCAAUGACGAAGCGGUCGGCUGAGAAGCUGUUCAAGUUUCUUGAUAUGUACGAAACCUUGCGCGAUUUGAUUCCGGCCAUGACUGGCCUAUUUUCGGAAGAGCCGUUACGCGAACUAAAAACAGAGACCACAUCUGCUCGGUGCCGACUGGGUGAAGCUGCGGUCACCAUUUUCUGUGAACUCGAGAAUUCAAUCAAGACUGAUGCAGGGAAAACUCCAGUUCCCGGUGGUGCGGUUCACCCCUUGACGCGCUACACCAUGAACUAUCUAAAAUACGCAUGCGAGUACAAGGAUACCUUAGAACAGGUAUUCCAAGAACAUCAAAAGAUUGAACAAUCAGACGCGUCGGCUGGAUCAGAUGCGGAAAGCGAGCCAUCGAGCGGGGCUGAUCAGGUGGCGAAGCAAUCACCUUUUUCAAAACAACUACUGAGGGUUAUGGAUCUUUUGAGCUCAAAUCUAGAGAUAAAAUCGAAACUCUACAAGGACCCGUCCUUGAGCUACAUCUUUUUGAUGAACAAUGGGCGGUACAUCGUGCAGAAGAUCAAGGGAUCCGCGGAGAUAUACGAGUUAAUUGGUAACUCAUGGUGCCGGAAAAAAUCAUCCGAACUCAGGCAAUACCAUAAGAAUUACCAAAGAGAGACGUGGAAUAAGGUGUUAGCAUUACUCAGAGAUGAGGGCUUGCAAGUGCAUGGGAAAGUAGCGAAGCAAGCGCUCAAGGAGAGGUUCAAGUCCUUCAAUUCCAUGUUUGAGGAGAUUCACAAGACGCAGUCUUCGUGGGUGGUAAGCGAUGAACAACUUCAAUCCGAGCUUAGGGUGUCCAUAUCGGCAGUUGUGAUUCCAGCAUAUCGCUCCUUCGUGGGGAGGUUCCGGCAAUAUUUGGAUUCCGGUAGGCAAGCAGAGAAGUAUAUUAAGUAUGGACCAGAAGAUAUCGAGACAUACAUCGAUGAGCUGUUUGAGGGGAAUCCGGCAUCAAUGGUGAAGAGGAAAAAUUAACGAAAGGUACGACAACAUUAUUCGUUGGAAGUUACCUAAAAAAAGGGAAAAUUGAAUGAAACUUAAAAGGAAAAAAAAGGAGAUGUUUUGAGGUGGUAUUUCUUGUCUUGGUUUAUAGCUUUUACAUUCUUUUUGCCUCUUUUUUUUUUGGUAUCCUUAUGCUUCAAGGGAUAAAUGUCAUCCGAUGUAACCUUAAUUUUGUUUAAGGUAUAUAAUAUUACAGUU